ACACUAAUAUUGUGUCGUUUUGAAUUGUAGUCGUCAUCCAUGUACAAAAGAAGUUUACGAGGCUCGUUUAGUCAGCCAUCCUAUACAGAACCAGUAAUAAACCUAAGAAGUCCAGACAAACUUCAUGAUCGAACUCACUCGAAGAAGCAUCAUCGUUAUCAUAAAAGUAGAAGCGCAUCAAACCAUGAUUCUUCACUUAGUGUUGUUAGUGACAAAAGAACUCGUGAUUCAAAAUUAGGACUAGUCGAAGAAUUUGAAGAUGAUGAGACGAAUAAGUUUCAUUUAAAAAGUACUCAUAUUUGUGAAAAUCCAACGGUUAGUAAAACGUCUGCUCAAAAUAACAGUUUGUUAUGUCAUGACCGAGAAAGCUUUGGAUACGAGCCAUCCAAUAUGUCCACUUCAACUCCUAAUUUGGGCCACCUCUACUCACACUUACCUCGACAUCAGACAAAUCAAACUUUCAUUACCGAACCUGAAGAAUAUGACCAAUAUAUAUCCGACGAUUCACAAAUACAACAGUUGUUUCCUGAAACAGUUCAAUCCAUGCCAUGUUCACCUAGAGUCAAUAAACUCGUUGAGGAUCAAUGUGUUGUCGACCCCAACUUCACUAAUUCUGAACAUUUUGGGCAUAUUUAUCAACCAAAUACAAAUCUCAACACAUAUGAGUUUUACGAAUGUCAGCUAAAUAAACAGUUAACAAAGUUAAGUAUGCUUCACGCUCAACAAUUAAAUAUUCAGGUUUUGUUAGAGCGUGAAUGGCUGAAAUUGCACAAGCUGAAUUGUUUGAAAAUGGCUAAGUACGGAUAUAACGAUAUUAAAAAAUCCGAAAACUAUGACCAAUCUCAAUAUUCAUUCAUUGAAAAUAUAAACAAUGCAAGACAUGUACAUUCAGCAAGUAACACUAAUACAAUACCAAUUCAUUCACCUGAAAUGCAUAAUAUGAAUUCAUUUAAGCAUCAUAAUAAUUUACUAUAUAUAAGUAAAAAUUUCAAAUCUGCUGAAUGUGGACUAAAUAAUUUAGAUAGUAAUGAUAAUCAAGUAUUUAAUACUGAUACAUAUAAUAAUAAUGUUUUAGCAAGAAUACAAGAACGAAGUCGUAAUAGUGUAGAUGAAGGAACAUUCAACUUGGGUUCAAAUUACCGCAUGAUUUCGCCAAAUUAUACAUUAAAAGAUAGAAAACCUGUACACAAUUUAAAUUCAACUAUACUUUAUAAUAGAGAUCAUCUCUAUUCACAAGAACUACUGAAUCGUUUUAUUCAAAGUUCACAAUCAAAUGGUUACACAAAUUAUACACCAGUUUUUAACAAACCAUCACACAAAUUAUCAACCAAAAAUAAUUAUCAUUUUUCUGAAUUAAAUGAUCAACAAAUUAUCAAAAAACCAAAUAUACCAAAAAAUGGUUCAUUAUCGAAAGAAAAUUAUUUAAGUUCUUCCGAAAUUGAAAUUCACUUACCAAUAGAAUAUCAAUCUUUACAAUCAAAUCAACAUUCACUUCAAACGACUACAAUAAAUUCCAGUAAUAAUCAAAAUUUAACAAAAACAUUUUUAGAAAAUCAAAAUUUUAAACAAUCUAAAUUGAAUAAAUUUUCAAGUUCUGAUCGUUUAUUUUCGAAAAAAUCUUUAAAAUCUGAUUGUAAAAAGAAACUUUUAUUAAAUCGUGAUGAUUUAAAAUUACCAAUAAAUAGAUCUAAAAGUCCACCACAAAUGUUUAUAUUACGUAAAAGUGCAUCACAACCAUGUAUUUACAAAAAUGAUAUAAAUAAGGAAGAAAUGAACAGAUUGAGUCCUCCUCAAAAAUAUCCUCUUAUCAAACAAAGCAGUGAAUUGAAUGCAAACAAAUCAUCAACUGAAUCAAUUGAUAGAGAAAUAUUGGAUAUUGAUUAUAAAGCUUCAUCAUCGUUAUGGUACGAUCAUAAUGAUAAUAAUAGUAAUAUGAAGAAAAAUACUUUUAAUGGUGUUGCUAAUUAUGGUAAUGAUCAACAUAGUUUACAAGAUACUAGUCAGUUACUACCAUCAUAUCCUCGUAUAAUAAAACAAGUGGCUAAAUUGCCUAAACACAUUGAAGUGGAUAAAGAAAAAGAUUAUGAAUAUAGUUCAAAUUCAACAAGUCAAUCAAGUACUUCAAAUAUCACAAAUAAUCAUAUAAAACCUAAACAUAAAUCUAUAACCAAAUAUCAAUAUAAUGAUAAAUUUAAAGUUAUUCACGCAAUCGAUAAUACAAAUAAUGUGAAGAAGCCGAUGUAUGAACAAAAUGAAACUAGUUAUAAUGUUGUACAUAUAUCAAAAGAAUGUAAACAAAAUAAUAUUAUUGAUCUCAAUGAUUCCUCCAUCUUAUCAAACUCUUUGUCUACGCAAAAAUUGUCAAAUGGAACUGCAAAUCAACAAGACCGCAUCAUUAGUAGCAACUGCACUACUUCUAUGAUAAAGAGUAAUAAUAAUAGUAAUAAUAAUGGCGAUUUGAAUAAAUUUACAAAGCAUACAUCCGAUGAUCAAUUGAAUAAUUAUGAGUUAGAUUUAACAAAUGACUCUGGUAUAUCAUCUGUGAAUAAAGAUUCGAUAAUACCAAGUGGUGUAAUCUGUUUACAUAAAGAAAUUAAUCAUAUGGUAUUUGGUCCUUCACGUAAUCCACUCAAUAAUGCUGUGUUGAAUUUCACAAUUAGUGAGCGAAUAAAUACACCAACAUGGUUAGCUUUAUGCACGGAUGAAAUGAAAGUUUUUGUCUAUGAUUUAUGGACCCAUAGUUGUUUUACAGAAUUUAUGAAUCAUGCUAUUUCAUCAACCAGUCCUGUAAUACAUCUAUUCUCAUUGAAUCCAUUAGAAUAUUCUGAUAAUUCAAAAGCACAUGUUGGAUUUCUAUGUGUUGUUCAAAAGAAUGGAAUUUUAACACUAUAUAACAUAGCUACUCGAAAUAUGAUUUCAAGAACAAUAUUGGAAUGUGAAGUAUAUUGUGCUAGUUUAAUUCCAUGUCAAGGUAAACUAGAUCAAUAUUUACCUCAAUCUAUAUUCAGUAUUGAUACAUAUGGUUCAUUAACCAUUUCUCAAUGGAAAAUUAUAACAAAUAAUAAAGACACAGUUCUCAAUGAACCUACAUUAUGUGAUGAAACAUUGGAAAUCGGAACAAACAUUUUUAAAGAGAUAUCACGUAAAGGAAAACAUGGAAAUUUUAAAUAUUGUACAUAUAUUCACGACAACUUCCGUUCACAAUCCAAUGGUGAAUUAAAAUUAAAUAAAACAACCUCAAAUAUUGAUAAUUCAUCAUUGUAUUCAUUAAAUGAUAUCAAUUCAUGUGAAUUUAGUUUUAUUACUGCAGCUUAUGAAUGUACAAGAAGAAAAAUUCUACGUUUAACCAAUUGGAUUUGUAAAGGCAAAGGUUUACGUAAUACCGUAUCAUAUAAUAAAAUUUUAUCAAAUGAUCCUAACUCUAAUUUAAUUGAUAUGACAGUUAUUGAAAGUGGAUGCUCUGGUAGUUUAUGUAUGUGUUUUACAAAUGAAAUAUUUUGGCUUAGUUUACAUACAUUUGAUAUAUUAUCCAAAUUUAAAUUACCUACAUUCAUGCAACCAAUUAAUUGUUUAUCAAAAUCAUGGCCACAACCAGCUGAUUUAAAUCAAUCUCAGCAUAGACGUACAUGGAUAUCUGUAAAUAAAAAUCGUUUAUUAGAAAUUUCUCCAUUUGAAAGUCAACGUCGAUUAGAUAUAAAAGGUAGAAGUUGUCUAUUAGUUUGCCCUGUACUAUCAACUGAUUCACAGAUUACAACUGUUUCAUCGGGUUUAGGUAUUACACCCAUUGUAAGUAAAACAAUUUUAUUUCUCUCUAUAUAUAAACAUAAUACCAUUAACAUUAUUAAAAUUGAAUAACUGUUUUGAAUAAUUGUCUCUGAUUUUAUUUCUCUUUUUUUAUACCAAAAUGUUGAAUAUUCCAUACUAUGUUGUCUUAUCAACCUACAAUGUAUGUUCAUUUCCCCCCAAAGCAUGAUACUGUGUACAAAACAUUAUUUUUUAUAUUAUUGAAAUAACCGAUGUACGAUCAACAUAUAAAUUAAUUAUCUAAUCAGAUCACCUCCAUAUUCAUCAUUGAAAAGAACUAAACAGUAAAUGCUUAUUUAUUUAAGUAGUAAUUUUAACAUGCAUGUGAAAAAUCAACAAAAAUAACUUCGCAAUGAAAAGAAUUCUGUUCAAGGUGUUUUGUACCAUGAAAGUAAAAUUUGAACAUAAAUUUAUCAUCCAUUUAUUCAUGUAAUUUAUAAUUAUAUUGAUUGCGGACAUUUAACCUUGGAACUAAAUAUUAUGAAUGAUGAUUAAACGUUGAUUUUAUCCUCAUCCAACAUCUAUAGACUAUCUCAAUCUCACUUCCUUAAUAAGUAAAAUAACUGAUCAUUACUUAUUUGAUUAUUUAAACAUCAGCAAAAUGAGAUUGUUACCAGAGUCCCAUUUUAGGACGAAACGGCCGUCCAGUGCUUCCAGGUUUUCCAUGGUGGUCUAGCUUCAAUUGACUCAUGAUUUCAACUAUUGGAAAUGAGAUUGAACCAUUUUCAAGGGAAAUAUGGUUGAUAAUUCUUUGCUCAUUUUAACCAGUGUAACUGAGUUUGAAAUGUGAGACUAGAUUUCAGUAAAUAGCAUUUAUAAUGAAAUGUAUUUAGUAGCGAUUCUGAUCAUUUCACGAUAAUCUAAAGGAAAACUACUAUUGAAAUAUACUCAAGAUCCAUUUAGACAUUGUACAUCUUAACUCUGUCAAAAAGGAGUUUAGAAGUGGUUCAUCGUAUGUAUCCACCCAAAUUCUUUUUGACCUUGAGUCUUCUUCAAGUCUACUGAUCAAAUCUAUAGAUUUUGUAGUGUUGUUAGUGUAUAGAAACAAUCAUCAACAAAGAUAUGUUUAUUAUUCCUGCUAUUAAAUGAAAAAACUGAUUACUUAUACAAAAGUGAUAAAGGUUUGCGAAUCAUUGAAAGAAUAGGUGAUUAUAUACAUGAAACUAGACUAAAAUACAGAGGUUAGGAGUAAAUAAUUGACUAAUGAGUUCAAUAAUUUAUAAAUAUUCAGCAACACAGAUACAUGCACAAAGCUAAAUGCAUGCCUCAAGGAUUUGAAAUAUCUAAACUAACUUAUUCCUCGCGUGGUAACUGUUUUAACCAUAUGAGAAAUUCAGUGAUUAACACGAAAGGUUAAAGCGUUUGUCUACAGAUUUUUCCGCGUUUAUGCAAACAAAACGACAUUAUACUCAGUGACAGGCAACACUUCCUUAUGAAGUUUGCUUCUUAAAUGGGAGGAGAAAUUGUUUGUUAAUAAUCGUUACAUACAUUUAUUCAGUGAACUCUAUUGUAUGACAAUAAUGGUAAUUAACUCAUCUAAAAUCUAACCUUAAUAUCGUUGCAAUAUCACAUGUGCGAUUGAUUUUUAAUCCUCUUUUUUCCUAGAAAAUCAGUUGAUAGACGCGAUAAAUUUUAGUUAUUAUGAUGAAAUCCCAUCGGUACAUGGAAUUGCAUGUAUGAUUGUGAAAACUUCACCCAACUAUGCCAUGGUAGCUAAUCAUUUAUCAUUGUAAUUCAACUUUUCUCAAAUCAAGCAAAAUAAAAUUAAUAAUCGAUAAGUUUAGAAACAUAUAUCCUGAAUGACCUAAUUACACCUUCAUGUGAUAGUUUAUGCUAUGUUAAGCUUUUGUUGAAAAUAAGAGUAACUCAAAUGGCAUUUCAAUAACACUGCAUAUAGACCCUAUGAUUGAAAAACUUACGUCCGCAAAGCACAAAUAUUAGUGUUAUGUAUAGGUAAACCAUGUUCUAGAACGCUCACCAUAUUCUUUUAUUUUCACUAAUCAACGUUUAUUUCCCCUACAUUUUAGUUAGUAUACGUAUUCCAAAACGUUUGAAUAAACAAUUUCCCCAAUCAUAUUCUUGAUUAAUAGAUCCCAUUAAUUAUAUCACAGAUAAUAACCGGGGGAUGACUGAAAACGAAUACAUUUUAUUCGAAGACAUUAUCUUCCUACACAAACCAAUUGUACAAUUUAAAAUCAAGUACUUAUACAGAAAGAUUUAAUCAAAUUUAAUUAUAAACUCCUAAAUUUGCGAUUGUUACUUUUAGUGAAAAUCACUAUUAGGAUCCACUGUUAUAACAACAAUUGUGUGACACAUAGUUUACUGUCAUGAUACAUUUGACAUUGUUUGUUACUUUAGAUUGCAACAGCUUUAGAAAAUGGUGAAAUUCAUAUAACACAUGUCCCUGAAUCUUGUUUUAGUUGUAUGAUUGAAUUUUGUUCUCUUGGUUUUACCAAUAAAAAUGAAUUAGUGAAUCAUAUUGUACAAGAUCAUUAUUUAGGCGAAUCAACCGAUGGAUUUCGAUGUAAUUGGGCUUCAUGUGAUCUAUAUCUUCCGUUAAAUUGUUCACAAUUUAAUAAAGAGAUAUUAGAAGAUCAUGCCCAUCAACAUGUAUAUUCAUAAGAAAGAUUUAAUUUUUCUUUAUAUGAUUAUCAUUUCUAAAAUUUAAUAAAUGUAUUAUUUACUGUUUAUUAUUAUUAUGAAUUUAUUAUUCAGUUCCUGUUUGUUUAUUUGUUUACAAAAAUAAUACAUAACAUUCAAACAAAUCUCAUUUAAAACUACCUAAGAUUUCGUCCGCAUUUUCAUUUUAUAUUUAUGCAUAUAUAUAUAUAUAUAUAUAUA